UUCUGUGGGACGGAUGUGUUGCUCCGGUCCCACGCAGUGCCGGGAGCUGUAACUUCGGGGCUCACCUGCGGCCGGGAGCCGGGCCGGAGGCAGUGGGGCGGCGAGCGCGGGGGAAGGGGCGCUCGGUCCCGCUCCCCCAUCCGUCUCUCUCCUCUCGGGUCUGGCACAUUUGAGACCCGGGCAGCAUUUUCAGCAAAGGGAACGUGGCUUUUUCUGACUUUGAACCCACGCCAGCGAGAACAUUUGAAGUUCCCCCGUGUCAACAAGAUCUCCCAGCAAAGACAUGGCUUCAAAUGAACGAGAGAUUGUGGUGUGGGUUUGCCAAGAAGAGAAGAUUGUAUGUGGCCUGACAAAGCGCACAACAUGCGCAGAAGUGAUUCAAGCUCUGCUUGAGGAACAUCAAGCAACUUUCGGAGAGAAAAAAGUCCUCUUUGGAAAACCUAGUGAUUACUGUAUUGUAGAAAAAUGGAGAGGCUCCGAGCGAGUCCUUCCUCCUUUGACAAAGAUUCUGAGACUUUGGAAAGCCUGGGGAGAAGAGCAGCCCAAUUUGCACUUUGUGUUGGUAAAGUCAGAUGCUUUCCUUUCAUUUCCGUUGUGGAAAACAGCGGAAGCUAAGGUAGUACAAAAUAUAGAAAAGCAGUGGGAACUCAGUCCAGCAAAUUACAUGAAGAUGUUGCCAAUUGACAAGCAAAAGAAAAUUGUUAGGAAGACUUUCCGGAAACUUGCCAAACUUAAACAGGACAGCGUUCAGCAAGAUAGAGAUAAUAUGGAGACACUGAUUCAUUUAAUCAUAUCUCAAGAUCAUACCAUUCAUCAACAAGUCCUUAGAAUGAAGGAACUUGAUAUGGAAAUUGAAAAAUGCGAAGCAAAAUUCCACUUAGACCGCGUCGCCAAUGAUGGAGAAAAUUAUGUGCAGGACUCCUAUUUAAUGAUCAAUCCAAGUGAGGUUGAGCAGCAAGGGAGUAGGCCAGAUGAUCAAAAAGAGAUGCAUGAAUAUUUCAGCAAAAGUGAGGGAAUUUUACAGGUUGAAGAGAGACUAAAACAUCACAAACAAUUAAUAGAGAAGCUGUGUGCUGAAAUAGAAAAAGAGGUACAUGGUAUAUGUUCUGAAAAAAAUGCAGAUGUUGUUCAUACAGAAGGAGCUACUAAUACUCAACUGGAAAACUCAGAUUUGGACAAUGUAAAGUAUGAGCUGGAAAAAAGUAUGAAAGAUGGCCUGAGAAUCAAUUCAUACCUGAGCUGCAUUCAGAAAGAACUUACCUACAGAGACUCACUGCUUCAAAAGAAGGAAAAAGAAUAUGAACUUCUUACAGAAGAAUUUAAUUUACUACAUGUUAAAGACAACAUUGAAGUGAGGCUUCCAUCAGAUGAAGAGCCACCUAAGGGCAGUGGCAUCUCCAGUAACAGCAUUGCAGUUCCUGAUUUUGUUCAUAGAGUGACUAAUUUGGACAUAAAUGAUACUGACUCUGACACUGGAAUCAGCUCUACGCACAGUCAGGACUCUGAAAUAACUUCUGGGGACAUGGUACUGUUAUCAACAUAGUUGAAAACAGUCAUGCAUUUAUGAGAAGUCAUUUUUUGGAGGACAGUUACAAGAAUAGGCGAGCCUUGAUGUCUUGAAAGUUCAUCCCUUCAACAUGUUAAAAAUGUAGCACAGCUCUAGCAAAGUAAACAGUGUCUUUGUGCUUAAAAGUGUACUUGUUUUUAGAAGCACAGGCAGUCUCAUGCAUUCACAGAUAAUAGAUGCAAGGCUGUAGCCUUUGCUAAAUCAGGACAGACUGUUUAGUCUUUUUAAUAUUGAUACUCAGUGAACAGGGGCAUUCUGACUUGUUUGGACCAAAAGCCUGUAGAUUUGAUAUCCCUUAAAUCUUUGAGUCCACGUCUACAUCUCUCUUAACCUUUUAGGAAAGUGAAUUAGAGAUUACAUGGAGAGCUUGAUUUUCUGCUCUGUUAUAGUGGCUUUAUUCAGCUGGAGUUUCCUUGGCAUGAAGCUACUAUAAAGGAAUAUAUAAUCAAGCGUAUAGACUCUUAAAAAAUAAUAUUUAUGAUGCUGUAAAACAAAGAAAAAAGCAGAUUCGUUUAUGUAACAUAUAACUAAGUUUUGAGUUAAUAGGAUGAUCGUUUCAGAAACACUUAAGUCCCACUUUAAAAAUGACCAUACUCACAUAGAUUGUUAAUUUCCAUUUUCUUUCAGCAGCGUCCAACUGCUGGUAAAAUCCUUGAAACUCCCACUCUUCUGCUCUUACUCUGCAGUUGCCGUGGUGAUGCUAUGUGGACACAAUUUCUGCCAGCGGGCAUGUCAGAACUGCCUGCCUCCUGCUUCUGUGAGUUGAUAAAUCCCAAACUCACACCUAGCCCCAGGGGCAUUUUCAGGAAGGCAUUCUCCUGCUUAUCUCAACAGUAGAAUCCAGUGGCUUGGGCCUCCGUAGGUCAUGACUAUGAAAUCAAACAUAACACAAGAGACAGGCAGAGACCAGACAUUUCUGACUAUUGGUUCCCAAUAGCCAGGUAGUUACGCUUCUCAGAUAACAGAUAGGUUGUCAAAUUCUGUCUGAUACUGAUUUGGAGCAGGGAUACAGACAUGUAUUUGUUAUCUCCUUGAUAUGAAGACUUUAGGAUACAACUAAAGCUGGUCUACUUUAUAUAUCUAAUUAAGUACUGGACCACAAAAUGAACAAAAAAGAAUAGGAAACGUGAGAUUUUUAUUAACUAUGUGGUUAAGUCAAAUGAUUUCACAUAGGAUGUAGUCAUUAAGCUCAAAUCCUUCUCCAGUGAAUGCCACAAAUUCAAAAUGAGGUGUAUAAGUCUUCUCAGUUACUGAACAAGGUUUCUAACUCUGAGCUAGAGACUGCUGACAGAGAGGACAUUGAAUAAUUUCUGGGUUGCACACUGAGGGUUGCUAUGUUUAUAUUUUGCAGAUCAAUUUGUUUAGUGCUUUUGAAAAUAUAAUGUAAAUCUGAUCAAAUGACUUGAAUGGAGAAAUAGUUACUAACUGAAGUUUAACUCCAACAGAGUUCAGACAUAGCAUGCAAAAAAAAAAAAGGCCUACAAAGUAAAUGAAAGGUCAAUACCUAGGUAGUAUAAAUGUAAGAUAUUUUCAGAUGCACUGCUUUCUUCUCCUGUAUUUUUUUUCUUUUAAAUGUUUGCCAAACAACUGUAUUCUGGAAUGACAGAAGUGUCGGGACUGCUGAUUAGCACAUAUUUCAUUCAGGAAGAGAGAGAGAAAAAGAAACCUUUUCUAAAAAAACUAAUUUUUGUAUUCCUUUCUUUCUUUCUUUCUUUCUUUCUUUUUUUUUUUUUAAGAUUUUUUAAGAUUUUUGAGUCCUAGAUAUUAUAGAGUUUCUAUUCCAGGAAUUAAGGUAGUUACCUUAAUAUAUUUUGUGUUGUGUUUUUAUCAUACAAUGUUAUUUGAAUACUUCAAUAAUAAUACGUCACAUUUAGGCUCAUCAGCUCCUCGUGGAAACUCAUGUAUGCAUCAGAUAUCUGAUCUUUGUAAUAAUUUAUUAACGCAACUCAGAAUCUUUUGAACUCUGUGAUAUCACUCUGACAAGUAGAAAACACAGAGCUUUGAAUUCUGAGAGUAGGCUAAUGUAUUCUCUGAGUUCUUGUGAAUGUAGCUAAUAGUUAUUUCUACUGAGUCUUUUUUUUUUUUAUAAAUACUUAGGGGAUAAAAGUUCAAGCAGAAGAAUAUACAUAACUAUGCAGGCCAGUACAAUACCUGUGUGGGAAGUAAUUUCCACUCACGCUCUAUCAGAUUUAUUUUACUCAUAGGAAUUUGUACUGAUUUUCACAUGUCAUCUUCAUCCACAGUAUGUGCCUGAUUGUAUAUCCCCUGCAACUUGUAAAUCUUGAGUAUUACUGUGUUUUAAGAAGAAAAUAGGAUAAAAUAGGUUGAGAGAGAGAAUAUUUCUUAAUAAAAUAAAUUAACGCAAUUCA